GAGAAAGGGGGAGAGAGAGAGAGAGCAUGAGUGAGUGAGUGGGAGGCGUCUCUGAGGUGGAAUAUGUAAAAAGUCUAAACAGCAAGUCCUCAAAGCUCGAGGACAGACGGGAGCUAGUAUAAAUGUGCUGCUGUUCGCGCGGGGGUAAUAGGGGCCAAAAAACACCCUCCCCCUCUCUGGAUGUAAGCGCGCCACUGGCCAUGGCCACUCUGGAGGGCUGUCAUUGUCAGGGCGCCGGGGGGCAAAACAAUAACAACAGCAUCCUGUACAACAUACUGAAGAACGACAGCCUCACGACCACCGAGGAACCAACAUCACAACCACAACACAGACAGCAGCACCAAGUGCUCAAGGUCUCCUCCUGCUCCUCUUCUUCGAGGUUCGAGCUUAGGCAGCAACAGGCUUGCUCUUGCGGUUCCUCGCUGCGACGGGGGUCUCUCCGGUCCCCCCAGGUGACCUGCAAAGCCGCAUCGGCGGUCCUCAUGAAGACUCUGCGAUUUGUAAAGAACGUGCCGUGUUUCCGCGAGCUUCCCGAGGAUGACCAGCUGCUGCUCGUUCGGAACGGUUGGGUGCCGCUGCUUGUGCUGGGCCUCGCGCAGGACCGGGUGGACUUCGAGACCACGGAGACCGCGGAACCUAGCAUGUUGCUGCGGAUCCUGACCGGCGGCUGUGUCAGCCAAGGCGGCUUAAUGGACAGACAGGUUGAGCCGGAGCAGAGCGCGGGAACACCCGGGGUCUCUCUCGCGGAUAUCCAGGGCAUCAAAGCGUUCCUGAAAAAGUGUUGGGGUUUAGACAUCAGUACCAAGGAAUAUGCCUACCUCAAAGGAGCCGUGCUCUUCAACUCAGAUCUCCCUGGUCUGUGCUACCUCAACUACAUCCAGUCACUGCGGAGCGAGGCACACCAGGCUCUCAACGAGUAUGUGAAGCUGAUCCACCGGGACGACGCCACGCGCUUUGCCAAGCUGCUCAUCGCCCUGGCCAUGCUGAGGGCCAUCAGCCCCCCGGUGGUGGCACAGCUCUUCUUCAAGCCCAUCAUUGGAGCCGUCAAUAUGGAGGAGGUCCUGCUGGAGAUGUUUUAUGGGAAGUAGAGGCUUUCUAUGGUCCUGUCCAGAAACAACCCCUAGAUAUAGCCCCCAAGUCCUUCUCUUAGUCCUUACUCCCUAGGCAAUUUCACCUAUUCCCUACCCACUAGAAACGUGACCUUGCCCUAGACUCUCCACCCCCAUUUCCCCACUUCCGCUAGCCCCUAGCUCCUAUUGGAUAGUAAUAAGCAAAAACAUGCCCAAUACAGGAACAAUAUGAUAGCUCCACCUUGCCCUCCAGUUGGCUGUACAGGAACAAUAUGAUAGCUCCACCUUGCCCUCCAGUUGGCUAUAACGGAACAAUAUGAUAGCUCCACCUUGCCCUCCAGUUGGCUAUAAAGGAACAAUAUGAUAGCUCCACCUUGCCCUCCAGUUGGCUGUACAGGAACAAUAUGAUAGCUCCACCUUGCCCUCCAGUUGGCUAUAACGGAACAAUAUGAUAGCUCCACCUUGCCCUCCAGUUGGCUAUAAAGGAACAAUAUGAUAGUUCCACCUUGCCCUCCGGUUGGCUAUAAAGGAACAAUAUGAUAGCUCCACCUUGCCCUCCGGUUGGCUAUAAAGGAACAAUAUGAUAGCUCCACCUUGCCCUCCGGUUGGCUAUAAAGGAACAAUAUGAUAGUUCCACCUUGCCCUCCGGUUGGCUAUAAAGGAACAAUAUGAUAGUUCCACCUUGCCCUCCGGUUGGCUAUAAAGGAACAAUAUGAUAGUUCCACCUUGCCCUCCGGUUGGCUAUAAAGGAACAAUAUGAUAGUUCCACCUUGCCCUCCGGUUGGCUAUAAAGGAACAAUAUGAUAGCUCCACCUUGCCCUCCGGUUGGCUAUAAAGGAACAAUAUGAUAGCUCCACCUUGCCCUCCAGUUGGCUAUAAAGGAACAAUAUGAUAGUUCCACCUUGCCCUCCGGUUGGCUAUAAAGGAACAAUAUGAUAGCUCCACCUUGCCCUCCAGUUGGCUAUAAAGGAACAAUAUGAUAGUUCCACCUUGCCCUCCGGUUGGCUAUAAAGGAACAAUAUGAUAGCUCCACCUUGCCCUCCAGUUGGCUAUAAAGGAACAAUAUGAUAGUUCCACCUUGCCCUCCGGUUGGCUGUACAGGAACAAUAUGAUAGCUCCAUCUUGCCUUCCGGUUGGCUAUAAAGGAACAAUAUGAUAGCUCCACCUUGCCCUCCGGUUGGCUAUAAAGGAACAAUAUGAUAGCUCCAUCUUGCCUUCCGGUUGGCUAUAAAGGAACAAUAUGAUAGCUCCACCUUGCCCUCCGGUUGGCUAUAAAGGAACAAUAUGAUAGCUCCAUCUUGCCCUCCGGUUGGCUGUACAGGAACAAUAUGAUAGUUCCACCUUGCCCUCCGGUUGGCUAUACAGGAACAAGAUGAUAGCUCCAUCUUACCCUCCGGUUGGCUGUACAGGAACAAUAUGAUAGCUCCAUCUUGCCUUCCGGUUGGCUAUAAAGGAACAAUAUGAUAGCUCCACCUUGCCCUCCGGUUGGCUAUACAGGAACAAUAUGAUAGCUCCAUCUUACCCUCCGGUUGGCUAUAAAGGAACAAUAUGAUAGCUCCACCUUGCCCUCCGGUUGGCUAUACAGGAACAAUAUGAUAGCUCCAUCUUGCCCUCCGGGUUGGCUAUAAAGGAACAAUAUGAUAGCUCCACCUUGCCCUCCGGUUGGCUAUAAAGGAACAAUAUGAUAGCCCCAUCUUGCCCUCCGGUUGGCUAUACAGGAACAAUAUGAUAGCUCCAUCUUGCCCUCCGGUUGGCUAUAAAGGAACAAUAUGAUAGCUCCAUCUUGCCCUCCGGUUGGCUAUAAAGGAACAAUAUGAUAGCCCCAUCUUGCCCUCCGGUUGGCUAUACAGGAACAAUAUGAUAGCUCCAUCUUGCCCUCCGGUUGGCUAUAAAGGAACAAUAUGAUAGCUCCAUCUUGCCCUCCGGUUGGCUAUACAGGAACAAUAUGAUAGCUCCAUCUUGCCCUCCGGGUUGGCUGUACAGGAACAAUAUGAUAGCUCCAUCUUACCCUCCGGUUGGCUAUAAAGGAACAAUAUGAUUGCUCCAUCUUGCCCUCCGGUUGGCUAUAAAUGUUUUUUUCGCUAUAUUACAUCUAUCAAAUCCUCUCAGAUCAAUAUCUGUGGGGUUUAUUCUGGACUGGCCCUUUCCAUCGAACGGACAGAAGAACACAUCUGUAGUUCUAGUAGAACUAACUAACUGUUAACCAACCGUUUGAUCUGAAUGGACCGUUGAACAGAAGGACAGACAAAGGAAGAGAUGUGUGUGUUUUGUUAAAGAUGUUUUGGACACUGGUUGAUUAAGAACAGUGGGGGUGAAGGGGGUGUUGGGGGCAGGCUGAUGAUCAGCCUGUAACUUUCUUUUUAUAUAAAACUAUUUUUCUAUCAUAAAAGUAUUCUCUGAAUUGCUUUGCCGUGCUUGUGUCAGGUGAGUGGUGCUCAAACUGUCUCUAUGGUGAUCAGAAAGGCGUAGGAUGAUGUUGCCCCUGGACACUGAUCUAAGGUCAGAGUGGAGUUUUACCCCCUAACGAUUAAGGUUACGGGUAAAAUGUUCCUAGAUCUGUGCCUAAGGGCAACAUCUACCCAGACAGAUCAGAAAACCCAAUGUUCCUUUUCAGUAACUAUGGUGGAUUAUGUGUUCUGAAUAAAGUUUAAUGUCUGUUCACAGUUCGCUGCUCCCACAUGCGAUCUUUAAUUCAACACGGGUCUGAAUUGGGAGCAGCAAACAUGGAGCGGACAUGACCUUUUUUCCACA